AUGUGCAUAAACUUUAUAUUGUUUCUAGUCUUAGUGAUUAGAGAAUCGGUAGGGAAUAAUGUGUUUGUAGAUUUGAAGUCAAAUUACAUCUCAAAUGGAAUAACAGUGCAUCAUGGCAGAUUUUCAGUGAAUGGAAAAUACAGGAUGUAUAUCGGUAAGGACAAAGGAAUAGAGUCGGUGAUAUUUGGAACAGGAGUUUUGUAUAGAAGAGCAGAAUGUCCAAUUGGUGAACAGGUAAUAGUGGAGAUGUUCGAAGACAUAAUAGUAAAGUACUUCGUAAUACACAUCUACACAGGAACAGUGCUAAACCAUACGAGAGUAAAGAGGAAAUAUUACUCAAAAUCAGAUUGGGGAUAUAAGAAAAUAGACCAAAACACAUUUAUGACUCAAAUGACAAGCGAAGUGGAACUGAUGUUUGAUGUGGCGACGAAAAUAAUUCACCCAUAUAUGGUUCAAAUGGUGGAGAGUGAAAAAUACUAUACGGAAACAUACUCACUUAUCGAUCAAGUAGGAGGGAUAAAGCUGGACGGAUUAGAAGCGCCGAAGUACACAUACGGAAUAGUGUACGACUCGUCAAUGAUGAUCAAAAUGGGAUAUUCAGCACUAGAGUCGUUUGUAUCGAAGUGCGAAAGGUUCUCAAUAGAGUACAAGUAA